CCAAUCACUGAGCACAAAAUCAUGAUAAUUCAAUUCUUUACUCAUCAACACCAAACGCUAGUGGCUCAUGCAUACUCCACUAACAUAUACAUAUCUACAAAUGUUUUGCAUGCUGUUCCAUAUACAAGUGACUCUCUAGCUAUUACAUUACAUGCUUCAUAUUUCUCACUACUUAAAACGCCUUCACCUCGUUUUUGGGGCAUUAGAAGAAUAAACCAUGGACAGGAGCAAAUCAUUGCCAAGCCACUACUCCAACCUUUAUGGAGAUGCCCGGUUCGAUUUCGAGGAUCGGUCCAAGUCGUACAACUUCAACGGUCCGAGCAGCCAUGUGGACGAUAGUAACCCUGAGAUGAAGAGGAGGAAGAGGGUUGCAGCCUAUAACAUGUAUGCAACAGAAGGUAAGCUCAAGUCUUCUUUGCGCAAUAGCUUCAAAUGGAUCAAGAGCAAGUUUGCGGACACUUACUAUGAUGAGUAGAACUCAUCAAAAGCUACUAUUGUCAUUGAGAGAAGGAAACUUCUCCUUCUCUCUUGAUCUUGAGACUGGGAAUGGAAGAAGACAUGUAUGUUAACCAAAAUGUCGGAAAAAAAGUUUCAUUUUUUGUACAGCUUACAGUGUUUUUUAAGAAUAGUUAUUCCAAACAUGGUUGAUGAAUUAAAACUCCUUAUGCCUGUGAUAUCUCAUAAUAUUCAAA